UCGCUGAAUAUCUCUGCAACAAACACCGUGGUUCAUACUUCAGACAGCCUCCACAGCAGAGCAAAGCACACACACGGAAGCAGCCUACCGUGCAGGAAGGAGGUGCGGCUGCCAGAGACGUCUCAGUCUGAAACCCUGUUGAUUUUUUACCGAUGUGACCGCCGAGGUGUGUGGGGAAAGCUGCAGCUGCUCAUACGCGCUCAACUGCAGAUCUGUGCAGCUUUACUUCAUUUUGAGGAGCAGAGCCCACAGCUGGACAUGGAUUACUGGUGCCCGUCCCCACCGCUCUGGAUUUAGUUUGGGCAGCCACGCGCCUCCUUCCGUCUCCUCCCCGGAGAAGUGAGAGCGCCGCCGAGGACAGGUGGAUCCUGUUUCUGUGUUCAGCUUAGUCCUUGGUCAUCCGCCUUCCACAUUUAUGGGGAACCAGGUGGAGAAGCUAACGCAUUUGAAUUACGCAGAGGUGCCGACCUCGGACCCGAACGGAUUCGACCCGGACGAGGAUGGACCGCGGAUCGGCGUCUCUUACAUUUUCUCCAACGAUGACGACGACGAGCAGGACGACAAUUUGGAUCACUUCCCACCGGACAGCCGUCCGACAAACCACGAAGAGAAGCCCUUUGACCCGGAGGACGAGCUGGAGUGCGCGAUUUAUUACCGAGAGGAGAGCGUGUAUGAGAGGAGCCAAGGAGCCGCGACUCACUCCGCGGAAAGUCUCCUGAACAAGUGCAGACCCGGAGACCUGCUGGAGUUUGUGACCACUGGCCAGUAUCCACAUUGGGCUGUUUACGUCGGGGACUUCCAGGUGGUUCACCUGCACCGGGCUGAGAUAAAGAACAACUUUCUCACUGAUGUGAGCCAGGGCAAAAAAGGCAGGAUAGUGAACGGCCUCUACAGGUACCGCGCGCUUCCACCGGAGGUGAUCGUGCGCAACGCCCUGGACCACGUCGGGUCGAGAGACAGGGAGCUGUACUGGAGAAACUCGGAGUGCUUCGCCGCCUGGUGCCGCUUUGGCAAACGGGAAUUCAAAAUCGGAGGCGAGAUACGGAUUGGGAAGCAGCCGUACAGGUUAAAACUCAUCUUUUCAGAGAAGAAGAGUCACGUCCUGGAGUUUCAGAGCCUGGAGGACGUGAUCAUGGAAAAGAGGAGGAACGAUCAGAUCGGCAAAGAUGCUGUGAUGCAAGAGCUGGCCAGCCAUUUGAAUGCAACACAUGAAAUCAAAGAGGAGCAUUUUGUCAACUGACGUGAAAGAGAUGCUCAGUGCAAAUACACAGCAGCGUGCUCAAAGGAGAAGUGCCCCGAGCUUUGUCUAUGGGCUUGCGUGAAUGUGCCAACAAACGCACGUAUUCAGAGGGAGUGUAAAGUUUAUCUAAAAAGAGUUUUUCUCUCCAAACUGAGAGAAAAAAGCCCUGGCAUCUAGCAUAACGCUGGUCCCAUUCAAAAGUGCAUUAGUGAAUAAGGAACUCAAGGGCCAAGGCAACAUUUCCAUACCUUAAUUUGCAUUGAAAACAAGUGAAAAUUACGCACCCCAGUGGCUGAUUUCCUUUUACACUCUCGACCCAAGUCUCUUUGUGACGGAUAUGUUUGCAUCCCAGCUGCACCUGCAAUCUUAAUCACUCGGGUAUGAAGCCAGGAUUUAAUUGCCCAUAAUUAUUUUUCUAAUCCAAUGAAUUUUUUUGCACAGAGGAGCAGAACCCCUCCUUGAACUUGUGUCUGAGGAGAGUGCUGCACAACUCAGGUGUUGGAGACCAAUAACAGAGUGGAAGAGAGACACAACUGCUUGCGUCUAACUAUUGUGUUUCAGCCUGGAGGAGUCCCUGUCUGUUGCUUUAUAUCCAAACAUCACACAGCUUUACCUACUCAGAGUACUUUGUGGACACUGUUCAUAGCCAUGACUGUGCACUUUUAUUGAUUCAUCCCUUUGAACAGUUUAUUUUUUUGGAGAAAAAAAAAGAUGUUUGUAUGAAGGAUUAUGGAAAUAAAUAUAUAUUUCAAGAGUAAA